AUGGAUCACUUGGAACGUCUACGCAAGCACAUGCCUGACACACCCCCCGUGUCGCCGCCAGUCGGCCUGGCUGGUCAGGAGCCACACAGCACGCCGCUGUUCCCGACCAAGCCCAACAUUCUCUACAUCAUGGCCGACCAGCUGGCCGCGCCACAGCUCAAGAUGUACAACAAGGACUCGCAGAUCAAGACGCCCAACCUCGACAAGCUGGCCGAGCGCUCGGUGGUGUUCGACUCCGCCUACUGCAACUCUCCGCUCUGCGCCCCCAGCCGUAUGGCCAUGAUCUCGGGCCAGCUGCCGUCCAAGAUUGGCGCAUACGACAAUGCUUCUCCCAUUCCAGAAGACACGCCCACAUACGCUCAUUACCUGCGAAAGGCCGGCUACGAGUGUGUCCUGGGCGGCAAGAUGCACUUCAUCGGCGACCAGCUCCACGGCUACGAGUACCGCCUGACUGCGGAUAUCUACCCAGCAGAUCUCGGGUGGUCUGUCAACUGGGACGAGCCAGACACUCGUCUCGAGUGGUACCACAAUAGCUCCUCCAUCUUUCAGGCCGGCCCGUGCGUGCGCAGCAACCAGCUCGACUACGAUGAGGAGGUCCUGUACAAGGCCAAGCAGUUCAUGUACGACCAUGUGCGCAAGCCAGCCAACAGCCGUCCAUUCUGUUUGACCGUCUCUUUCACCCACCCGCACGACCCGUACACCAUCGAGCAGAAGUACUGGGACAUGUACGAGGGUGUCGACAUCGACAUGCCGAAGGUCAGCAUUCCGAAGGAGGAGUUGGAUCCACACAGCAAGCGUCUGCAGCACGUCGUUGAUCUCGAGGAUUAUGACUUCACGCCAGCGCAGGUCAAGAGGGCGAAGCGGGCAUACUAUGGCGCUGUCAGCUACAUCGACGACAAUGUUGGGCAGUUGUUGGAGACCUUGAAGAAGUGCGGCCUUGAUGACAACACCAUUGUCAUCUUCUCUGGCGACCACGGUGACAUGCUCGGCGAGCGUGGCCUGUGGUACAAGAUGUCCUACUACGAGUCCUCUGUCCGCGUGCCGAUGCUCUUCAGCUACCCGAAGCAAUGGACACCGCGCCACGUGUCGGAGAGCGUGAGCACCUUGGACAUCAUGCCAACGCUCGUUGAUAUUGUCGGUACUCGUCUGAUUCCAAGCUUGCCCGUGGAUGGCGCAUCGAUCGCUCCCUUCCUAAAUGGCGGCAAGGCGCACGACAAUGUGUUCGCCGAGUACAUGGGCGAGGGUACCUGCGCGCCAUACAUGAUGAUCCGUCGCGGUCCAUGGAAGUACAUCACCUGCCCGGCCGACCCAGAUCUCUUCUAUAACCUGGCCACGGACCCAGAUGAGCUGAACAACCUGACCAAGAGCGAGGACCCAGAGAUCAAGAAGACGUACGAAGCUUUCGUCGCCGAAUCCAAGGCCAAGUGGAAUAUGGAAGCCAUCACCAAGGAUGUUAUCACCCGCCAACGGGCCAGACGCUUCUGCUUCUCCGCCCUCAAGCAAGGCCACUGGACCAGCUGGGAUUACGAAGUCCCGGAAAGCAGCAAGGACAAAUACAUCCGCAGCCACAUGGAUCUCGACGACCUGGAACGUCGCGCUCGCUACCCGAUUGUCGAUGCUCACGGUCAAGUCAAGACCCUCGGCAAGAUUGGCAAGGAGGGCAUCCUCUCCGUCCCACUGCAGGCUGGUGCUCUCGGACAAUAG